AUGAAAUUUUUGAAUGUAGCAGAAAAAAAUGAUGCAGCCAAAAAUAUUGCACUACAUUUAUCUCGAGGGACAUCGAGAAGGAGGGAAGGCCUGUCGCAGUUUAACAAGAUUUAUGAAUUUGAGCAUGAUGUAAUGGGACAAAAUUGUCAAAUGGUUAUGACAUCAGUAUCUGGCCAUCUUCUGGCCUUGGAAUUUGUAGGAACCUAUAAAAACUGGCAAACAUGUAAUCCUGUGGCUCUGUUUGACGCACCAGUUUUCAAAUUUUGCCCAGAAAAUUAUGAAAAGAUAAAGAAAACCUUAGAAAGGGAAGUUCGCAGUUGCCAGGGCCUCAUUAUAUGGACAGAUUGUGACAGAGAAGGUGAAAAUAUUGGCUUUGAAAUUAUAGAUGUAUGUACAGCAAUAAAAAGUAAUCUAAGAAUAUACAGGGCUAAGUUCUCGGAGAUAACUGCUGUUUCUGUGAGAAGAGCUUUACAGAAUUUGGAACAACCUAAUAAGAAUAUUAGUGAUGCAGUAGAUGUUAGACAGGAGUUGGAUCUUAGAAUAGGUGCUGCAUUCACGAGAUUCCAAACACUGCGACUGCAAAAGGUGUUUCCUAGCAAGCUGUCACAAAGUCUGGUGAGCUAUGGCUCAUGUCAAUUCCCCACCCUAGGAUUUGUUGUGGAACGGUAUAGGGCAGUUGAGAAUUUUGUGUCUGAACCAUUUUGGAAGAUAAAAGUUAACCACACAUUAAAUGGCUUGAGUGUUGAUUUUAAUUGGGAACGAGUCAGAUUAUUUGACCAAGAUGCCUGUCAGGUGCUACAUGAUAUUUGCUCCGAGAGUCCACUUGCGACAGUUACUGAUGUAAAAACUAAACCCAAAUCCAAAUGGAGACCUCUUCCGUUAGAUACCGUGGAACUCGAAAAACUUGCCUCAAGAAAGUUAAAAAUUAACGCCAAAGAAACAAUGCGGUUAGCUGAAAAAUUGUAUACCCAGGGUUUGAUUAGUUACCCGCGUACUGAAACGAAUGAGUUUCCAAAGGAGAUGAAUCUUGGUCAGUUGGUGGGGCUACAAACGGGAGAUUCUAACUGGGGAACAUUUGCCCAGAAUAUUCUAGAUAGCGGUGGGCCCACUCCCAGGCAAGGCAAUAAGAGUGAUAAGGCCCAUCCUCCUAUACAUCCCACGAAGUACACUAACAAUCUUUCUGGAAACGAGCAACGGCUAUACGAAUUCAUAGUACGUUCGUUUCUCGCUUGUUGCUCUAAAGAUGCUCAAGGCCAAGAGACAACAGUAACCAUCAACAUUGCCAACGAAGUCUUCUCAGCCAACGGUCUCAUGAUCACCGCCAGGAAUUACUUGGAAGUGUAUCCUUAUGACAAGUGGUCGUCCAAGGAAAUUCAUGUUUAUGAAGUAAGACAAACCUUUCACCCCACAAGUAUCGACCUAGUAGAUGGAAGCACCUCACCACCGAAUCUGCUAACAGAAGCUGACCUUAUUGCUCUUAUGGAGAAACAUGGAAUUGGAACCGACGCAACUCACGCUGAACAUAUAGAGACAAUUAAAAGCCGGUCUUACGUAGCCCUCGCUGAUGCGAUACACUUCGUGCCGGGUCUGCUCGGCAUGGGGUUAGUGGAAGGUUACGAUGCGAUGGGCCUCAACAUAUCCAAGCCUCAUUUGCGAGCUCAGCUUGAAGCAGAUUUGAAAGCAAUAUCAGAAGGAAGAAAGCAACCGCAAGUAGUUUUGGCUGAACAGAUAGCCAAGUAUAAGGAAGUGUAUCUAACUGUUACGGCAGAAGCGAAUAAAAUUGAUGGUGCCCUAGCAGAGAGGUUUAGCGAGAGACCGAUAGAGUAUACGCCCACCGUCGAGACUAUGCCUAGAGACAUACCUUCAGUAUUAAAAUGUCCAAAGUGCGGUGCUGAUAUGGUACUGAAACAGAAGAGAAACAACGCGGACGAGUUCUAUAUAAGUUGUGUGACCUAUCCGAAUUGUAAGAACGCAGUGUGGUUGCCAACUAUUGUGAAAACAAUGCACGUCUUACCUGAUACAUGUCCUACUUGUGGACCAACGUACAAAAAGGUGAAAUUCGAAUGGCGAAAUAAUUCCAUCAAUCAUCUAUAUCCGCCGCCUUAUACGGCAUGCCUCGGCGGAUGUGAUACAACCUUUUUAGAACUACUAAAAAUUAACUUGAGCAGCGUCAGAAAAACUAGAAGUACUGAGACUCGAAGUUUGCCUGCAACAGUUGAUAUAUCCAAUACAAGUACAUCAACAAUAAUAAGGAACGCUAGCCCAAAUAUACCUAGUGUGCCUCGACCACUGCCAAGGCAGUUGACACCUCCUGUUAAUGUAAAUAGAGGUCAAAAUUCUAUACCGGCACCGCGAAUGCCAGUACCAAGAAAUCCAAAUGGUCCAAGAUUUCCAACCCCGAGCAGUUCUGGAGACGACGACAAUAAUGUUAUAUGUGGAUGUAAUAAACCCGCCAUCUUGUUGACCGUUCGGAAGCAAAACGCAAAUUUUGGCAAGAAAUUCUACAAAUGCCAGGCCGGCAGAGACAACAAUGGCUGCGAUUUCUUUCUUUGGGCGCCGGAGUCUGUAGAUCAGAACCUGCAAACUAAUUUCGACACUCCAAGCAGCUCUACCAGUAAUGCCAAUUCUGGAACUGAUCCUGUUCCCAGCAGUUCCAGGGGCUGGGGAAUCACACCAAGCUUCAGUAGAGACGAUUUCCAACCUAAUGACGAUAAUGUUAUGUGUGAUUGUGGAUUGCCUUGUAAGAAGAUAACUGUCCACAAAGAGGGUCCGAAUAAAGGACGUCCAUUCUAUGGAUGUCCCAAGGAAUUCAACAAGCGAUGUAACUUCUUCCAGUGGGCCGAUGGUGGAUCUUCGACAACCACAGACUGGGGAAGUUCAAGUAGCAGUAAUAGCAGGCGAGGCAGGGGCCGUGGUUCGAGCUCAGGCGAGGCGCGGGGAGGACGCAAGUGUGGUUUAUGUCGUCAAGAGGGACACACGAAGAAUCGCUGCCCUAAUAAAGACUCUUGA